CUAGAAGCCCAUCUGACUCCCUUGGCAGCGUUUGUUUACUGCCUGGGAGAAGAAGAAGAAGAAGAAGAAGAAAAAAGACAGGCAACACACAUAACCUGGGUGACAGAGCAACUACCUUUUUCUGGCCGUCCAAACAAGAUUUGAAAAAGCUCCAAAAAUAGAAGAAGACAAGUACGACUUUGCUCUGCUUUGUGGCGCGUCUGCCAUUUUACACGAGCAACGCGACUGGACGGUGUGACGUUCACGUGAAAAGCCCGAAAAAACGUGGAGCUUACUUGCUGUCGCGCGGAGCUGCAGAAAAAUUCCGAAAUCUCAGUACCGGACCUCGCGUCGGAGUUCGGAGUAGAAACAACGCACGAGGAUAACUUUUUGCCAUGCUUUGGCCCACGCUCGACGCGCAUUCGUGGGACGAGUUGUUGUUUUUCCGAAACUCGCGCAAACGUUGCGCCACGCGGGCUUCCAGCGACCUGGACUCACAGCAGCUAACAGAAUUAGACCAAAUAUUAAUUUGCCGUGUAAAUAGUCCACGUUUAUGUGGACGUAACAGCCCAUUUUUGUAGUGGGUGAGGUAAACUUUUACGUGUGUGGUCUUGGUUGUCUGUCUGGGCUUGGCUACUUUUGAUCAACUAGCUCGUUAGCUCCUGAUUGCUAACGUUAGCUGCCAGGUAAAGCCGCUUUUGGGCUCACUUAGUCGGGGGAGUUCAAGCCACAAACCCGCGGAGAAGCCAGACGUGGCUGGCUGUCUGUUUUAGCAUUAGCUUUAGCCGCCGCGGCAGCUUGAGUGAACACGUUGGACUCGUUCCUCCGCCCAUCUUCCGGGGUCAUUUUUUGUUUACUUGCUGGCUCACGCUGCAAAAGCAAAAGAAUUUCCUGAAGAAGAAUUACAUCCCCGAACAAGCAUCUCGUCCUCCCCCCCCCCCCACGCCCCCUUCUUCUUGUGUCUCCCCUUCCCUCGCCACAAGGAUUACUCGGGAGUUCUUGGCCGGCUCGCAGCAGAUUGUCGGAUGGUGCUCGAGCCCGAGUCAGUUAUGUGGCUCCGGACUUUGGCUCUUGUUUUGGCCGCAGCCUGCUUCGUGACCACCACCGCGGAGAUCUGUCCGAGCAAGGACAUCCGUAACAAUGUGACCAAACUCAACUCGCUGGCCAACUGCACAGUGAUCGAAGGCCACCUCAAGAUCAUCCUCAUGUUCGGAAGCAAGCCCGAGGACUUCCGGGGCCUGUCCUUCCCCAAGCUGACGGUGGUGACCGACUACCUGCUGCUGUUUCGCGUGUACGGCCUGGAGAGCCUGAGCGAGCUGUUCCCCAACCUGACGGUGAUCCGCGGCAACAACCUGUUUUUCAACUACGCCCUGGUGGUCUUUGAGAUGCUGCAGCUGCGCGAGCUGGGCCUACACAGCCUGAUGAACAUCACGCGGGGAGCCGUCAGGAUCGAGAAGAACCCGGACCUCUGCUACCUGUCCACGCUGGACUGGUCCAAGGUCCUGGACUCGGUGGAGGACAACUACAUCGUGGCCAACAAGAACGACAGGGAGUGCGGGGACGUGUGCCCCGGGGCGUCCGUGGGAAAGACCACCUGCCAAACCACCACCAUCAACGGACACUUCAGCGAGCGAUGCUGGACGCAGAAGCACUGCCAGAGAAUGUGCCCAGUCCAUUGCAAGCACCGCGCCUGCACCCGGGACCAGCAGUGCUGCCACGAGCGCUGCCUGGGCGGCUGCCUGGAGCCCCAGUCGGCCGAGCACUGCGUGGCCUGCCGGGGCCUCCAGCACCGGGGCGGCUGUGUGGAGCGCUGCCCCCACGGCUACUACACCUUCAAGGGCUGGCGUUGCGUCUCCUUCGCUUUCUGCCAGGAACUCAACCACCGGUGCAGGCGGGAGAAGGAGCGCAGCAAGAACCCCGAGUGCCACGAGUACGUGAUCCACAACGGCGGCUGCAUCCAAGAGUGUCCGUCCGGCUACACCACCGUCAACUCGUCCGCGCUGAACUGCACUCCGUGUGCCGGACUCUGCCCAAAAGUGUGCACGGGUCUGAAAACCGUGGACUCGGUCACGGCGGCGCAGGCGUUGAGAGGCUGCACCAUCCUCAAUGGCAGCCUGGUCAUUAACCUGCGCGGAGGAAAUAACAUAGCGGCGGAGCUGGAGGCCAGCCUGGGCCAGCUGGAGGAGAUCACCGGCUACCUGACGGUGCGGCGCUCCUACGCCCUGGUUUCGCUCUCCUUCUUCCGCAAGCUGCGCGUCAUUCGUGGGGAGGUGACGGAAAUUGGCAAUUACUCCUUCUACGCCCUGGACAACCAGAACCUGCGACAGCUGUGGGACUGGUCCAAGCACAAACUAAGCAUUGUGCAGGGACGCAUGUUCUUCCACUACAACUCCAAAUUGUGCAUGUCCGAGAUCCGUAAAAUGGAGGAGGUCACCGGCACCCGGGAGCGCAGGAACGACAUCGCGUCCAAGAACAACGGCGACCAGGCCUCGUGCGAGAAUUACGUGCUGAAGUUCACUCAGAUCCGCACCAUGAGCGAUAAGAUCAUGGUGAAGUGGGAAGCCUUCUGGCCUCCGGACUUCAGAGACCUGCUGGGCUUCAUGGUGCUCUAUAAAGAGGCGCCUUUUCGGAACGUGACCGAGUUUGACGGUCAGGACGCGUGCGGCUCCAACAGCUGGGUGAUCGCAGACGUGGACCCGCCGCCUCGCUCCACCGAAGGCGACCGGGACCACUUUGAGCCGGGCCACCUCAUCUUGCCCCUCAAGCCCUGGACGCAGUACGCCAUCAUGGUCAAGACGCAGCUCUCCGCCUCCGACGAGCACCAGGUCAACGGGGCCAAGAGCGACAUCAUCUACGUGCGCACCAACGCCACCAAACCGUCGGUCCCUCUCGACCCCAUCUCAUCGUCCAACUCGUCCUCCCAGAUCAUACUGAAGUGGAAGCCCCCCAACGACCCCAACGGCAACAUCACGCACUACCUCGUCUUCUGUCAGCGGCAGGCCGAAGCCAGCGAGCUCUACAAGUUUGACUACUGUCAGAAGGGAAUGAAGCUGCCCUCGCGGGUACCCACUCAGGUGGACGGCAACGAGGAGCAAAAGUGGAACCAGACAGAGGAGCAGGGCGUCGGCACGGGAUGCUGCACCUGUCCCAAGACCGACAAAGAGUUGAAGAAGGAGAAAGAGGAGCUGGAGUACCGGAAGACCUUCGAGAACUACCUCCACAACGAAGUCUUUGAGAUGAAACGCUCAAGACAACGGCGCUCGGCGAUGGGCGUGGCCAACCAAACGCGCCCGCUCCCCACCGCCGCUUCAGGCAGGCUGUCCAGCACCGCCGCCCCAGAGGACGAGGAGACGUUCGAGAGCACCAAGACGGUGGUCACCGUGCUGGCCAAGGAGUCCACGGUCAUCUCCAACCUGCGCCACUUCACCAGCUACCAGAUCGAAAUCCACGCCUGCAACCACCCGACCGACCCGGCCCGUUGCAGCAUGGCGGCCUACGUCAGCGCCCGCACCAUGCCCGAAGGUUAUGCUCGCACACUUAACGACAAAAUGAACAAAGCCGACGACAUCGCGGGCCCCAUCACCUGCGAGGUGUCCGACAUGAGCGCGCACAUCGCCUGGCAGGAGCCCACCGCCCCCAACGGCAUGAUCAUCCUGUACGAGAUCAACUACAAGCGCGUCGGCGACAGCGAGGAGCUUCACCACUGCGUCUCCAGGAGCAUGUACAAAAGCGCGCGGGGCUGCAAGGUGCGAGUCAUGCACCCCGGGAACUACACGGUGCGGAUCCGAGCCACCUCCCUGGCUGGCAACGGCUCGUGGACACAGCCCACGUACUUCUAUGUUCAGGACGCGAGAGAUCCUCUUAACAUUGCAAAGAUUGUCAUCGGACCCAUCAUCUGCGGGCUGGUGGUGUUUGCUGCCUUGGUCGGAUUCGCUAUGUUCAAGAAAAACCAAACUCAAGGGCCCAGCGGUCCCAUUUACGCCUCGUCCAACCCGGAGUACCUUAGCGCAAAUGACAUGUACGAGGAGGACGAGUGGGAGGUGCCCCGCGACAAGAUCAAAAUCCUGCGAGAGCUGGGCCAGGGCUCCUUCGGCAUGGUGUACGAAGGCAUAGCCAAGGACAUGACCAAGGGCGAAGGCGAGACGCGCGUGGCGGUCAAGACGGUCAACGAGUCGGCCAGCCUGCGCGAGAGGAUCGAGUUCCUCAACGAGGCUUCCGUUAUGAAGGCCUUCACUUGCCACCACGUGGUGCGUCUGCUGGGCGUGGUGUCCAAAGGUCAGCCCACCUUAGUGGUCAUGGAGCUAAUGACCCACGGGGACCUCAAGAGCUACCUGCGCGCCCUACGCCCUGACGCCGAGAACAACCCGGGCCGCCCGCCUCCCACGCUAAAGGAGAUGAUCCAGAUGGCGGCCGAGAUCGCCGACGGCAUGGCGUAUCUCAACGCCAAGAAGUUUGUGCAUCGGGACCUCGCUGCCAGGAACUGUAUGGUGGCUCAAGACUUCACCGUCAAAAUAGGAGAUUUCGGCAUGACCCGAGACAUCUACGAGACAGACUACUACCGUAAAGGAGGGAAAGGUCUGCUGCCCGUCAGGUGGAUGGCGCCCGAGUCGCUCAAGGACGGGGUGUUCACUGCACAUUCGGACUGCUGGUCAUUUGGGGUGGUCUUGUGGGAGAUCAGCACACUGGCCGAGCAGCCUUACCAAGGGCUCUCCAACGAGCAGGUGCUCAAGUUUGUCAUGGACGGAGGAUACCUGGACCGACCGGACAACUGCGCAGACAGGCUACACAACCUGAUGCAGAUGUGCUGGCAGUACAACCCCAAGAUGCGGCCGUCCUUCCAGGAGAUCAUCGAGAUGCUGCGAGACGACCUGCACCCGUCCUACCGCGAUCGCUCCUUCUUCUACAGCGAAGACAACAAGCCGCCCGAGAGCGUGGAAGACCUGGACCUGGACCUGGACAACAUGGAGAGCAUCCCCCUGGACCCCUCGUCCUACUCCCAACGGGAACUCGGCUGCUGCCCCGACCGGGACAGCGGCGGCGGGAGUUACGAGGAGCACCACAUCCCUUUUGCGCACAUGAACGGCGGCGAGACCAACGGACGCAUACUGGCUCUACCGCGCCACAGCCCCUCCUAACCCCAACCGCUCCUUCCACAGAAUCUAUUUUUGUUUCGACAUAAACACACAUCAAUCACACUCUCACCAGAGAAGCCCUCAGUGCAUACCUCAGGAUUUUUACUUUUGCCACAUGCACACACACUACAGCGCUUUUUGUACGUAGGACCUCCGGCAUCUUACCUCUGUACAUACUUUAUAUAAAUAGAGAGAGAAAUAUUCAUUUUUGCCAAGUUUGUGGAGAAAGGAUUCAACUGUGAAACAAGGCUGCUAAUAAACAAACAAACAAACAAACAAAAACUUUUGGAUGAAAGCGAGGGGUGGGAAGCAACAUAAACGGACCUCUGACAAGGCAUCUGAAGAACCUGAGCGCCCCCCAGGAAAAAAAAGAAAAACAUUUGAAAAUGGCUUCCCCACUCCUAUGCUGAAAGGCUCGAUUCUCUGGUUAUUGUGGGGGGGAACCACAGAUAUGGACCCCUGCCAAGCCAUUGGAGGAAGUGGAGUGUCCUCCCUCCCCAAAAGAAAAAAACCAGCGGCUUCCCACUGCCACACGGAAGGUUGUUGUGAAAAUAAGAGCAGGACGACAGUGGCGCCUUAAGAUACGAGUGAGCCAACACACCUUUUUGUAGAUACGAGUUGUUCCGCCGUUUAUUUCGCUUUGGCUUGAGAGCAAGACGUUGAGACGCAAGCUGAAUGGUAGCAGUGAACAAAACUCAACGCGGUUCACAAUUGACAGCUUGGCAAAUAGUGAACAAAUAAGUUGAGGAUUUCAGCCAAAUGAAUCGCAAACCUUUCUCUGCAUUAUGUUAACAAACACUCAGGCUAUCAAAUAGCUUACUGUGAAACUGAUCAGCUCCAAAUAUCUCUAUGGCAGUAAUUGACUGCCUGCCGCCGGUAUCGGAGUAGCACAAUGCUCAUUGGAUUUUUUUUUUUGUAAAGUGCAAAAGUACUUGAUUGAAGGAAAUAGGAACGUGCUAUUUUUCCUCAUUUACAAAAACAUACCCCAAAUUUUUAUGUUUAUAAUUUGGGAGGCUGGAACGGAUUAAAGGCAUUUAAUUUCACUGGGGAAUUAUGAUUUGCCGUAUGAACGUGGUCACAGAACAAGUUAAACUCGUAUUUUAAGGUAUCACUGUACAUAUACGGACCCCCGCCAAGGCUUUUGAGAAACUGGAACCCCCCCCCUGAGGAAAAAAAAAAAAGCAACAACCACAAAAAGGGUUCCCCACUCCUGUAUCGAAAGGCUUGUGAAAGCUUGUGAAAAAGAAGGAAUAGAAGUGACCUUCUCGAAACUCUUGAACAGACUGAUGAAAGGAGCACAGAUGAUUCAUGGUGAUGUUUUUUUUUUUUCUUUUAGUUUAUUUCCUCGCACUCUGCAGUAUUCCAAACAGAAAUGGCACACAAGAUACAACACACACGAGGACACUUUUAGUUGUCUGGUUUUAUUUAUUUGUUUCCGUUACACAUCUACAGCUGAAGGAUAUUUAAAAAAAAAAAAAAAAAAAAUGACCUCACAUUGACCAAUAGCUGCUUUUACUUUUAAAGCGGGUGUUCAAAAACUGUUUUUUGUUGUUAAUAUAACGUGUAUAUAUAUACAGCAUAUCCAUGGUUGAUUGAUGCUUUUUGUAUAUAGUUCAUGUUGCAGAAAAAAAUGUUUUAAAUGUUCCGCUCAUUAUAGUCUUUUUUUGUUUGAUUUUAAUCCAAACUUGUGAACUCAUGAUCAACCAACAGCACUUGGUCCUUUUUCUUUGCUUGAUAGGAGAAGGGGUUUUUUUUUUUUUUUUUGCUAUUUUGCAUCAUCGUUAUCCCUAACGAGAUCAAAUAAAAUGUUAAUAAUGCAGCAAGUUGCAUCCUGCCUUCAGGAGAACAUCAA